GGUUGUUCGUUUUGAGCACAGCCAUUCUAGGUGGCAGUACACACUCUGAGGUGGAUUUGCUUGUCUCGAGUGAUCGUAGCGCAGAAGAAGAAGAACAAGAUGGCGGAGCGAGGCUAUAGUUUCUCCCUCACCACAUUUAGCCCUUCGGGGAAACUGGUUCAGAUUGAAUAUGCCCUGGCAGCUGUAGCAGCCGGAGCUCCCUCAGUUGGCAUCAAAGCUUCCAAUGGAGUUGUCCUGGCGACAGAGAAGAAACAAAAGUCCAUCCUGUAUGAUGAGCAGAGUGUCCAUAAAGUGGAGCCCAUCACAAAACACAUAGGCAUGGUCUACAGCGGCAUGGGGCCUGAUUAUAGGGUUUUAGUGCGACGGGCCCGGAAGUUGGCACAGCAGUAUUUCCUGGUUUACCAGGAACCGAUCCCCACAGGGCAGCUUGUCCAGAGAGUGGCCUCUGUAAUGCAGGAGUAUACACAGUCUGGUGGAGUGCGUCCCUUUGGGGUGUCAUUGCUGAUAGCUGGGUGGGAUGAAGAUCACCCCUACCUGUUCCAGUCAGACCCCUCUGGUGCAUAUUUUGCAUGGAAAGCCACAGCAAUGGGAAAGAACUAUGUUAAUGGAAAAACAUUCCUUGAGAAAAGGUAUAACAAUGAUCUGGAAUUGGAAGAUGCCAUCCACACAGCCAUCCUAACACUGAAGGAGAGUUUUGAGGGUCAGAUGACAGAGGAGAACAUUGAGGUGGGGAUCUGCAACGAGGCUGGCUUCAAAAGACUCACCCCAGCGGAGGUGAAAGACUACCUGGCUGCUAUUGCGUGAACAUUCCCUGCCUGGUGAUGGGUCUCUGUGGCCACAUUUCAAGACUAAGACAUGGCAGCAAA